GUUCUGAUUAGUAUUUGUGCGCCGCUGACUUUGUAACGUUCGGAAAAACUUUUGGAAAAACUCCAAGCUUGAACUUGUAACUAUUUGGUGUGUUGGGCAAUUGUAAAAAUUUCGCAAGAACAAACAUAAUUAUUGAGUUUGAGUAAUAAAUAACUGCGUCGAGUUGUUGAAGUGUAUUGUGAAAGUGAGCGAACCAAAUAAGGAAUAAACAUAUAUCGCUGGAAUAAAACAGGAAAACUUACAACAAUAAGAGGAAAUAACACUUUUUUUAGUGAAUCGGCAGUCAGUGGAUUAAGCAUUGUAAAAUCUUUAUAAUGGGAUCCAUACCGAAAUUGUCAAUUGUGAAAGGCCAGCAACAGGACAUUACACCGCGUCCAUUGCAUCGCAUUUUCGAAGCCAAUCUGCUGCAUCACUCACACAAGAACGCACUAAUAACACACAACAAUGGGGACUCCAUUGCCUCCGAGUCCACACAAUGCACCUACAAGCAGUUAAAUCAGCGCGCUAACCAAUGUGCACGUCUGCUAGUAGCUGAUAUAAAACGUAAUUGCCUGCAGCCUAACACCGAUGGUGAUUACAUUGUGGCGGUAUGCAUGGAGCCGUCCGAUGUGCUUGUCAAUACACUGCUCUCGAUUUGGAAAGCCGGUGCUUCUUAUCUACCAAUAGAUCCAACCUUUCCGAACAAUCGUAUACAACACAUAUUGCAGGAAUCACGUCCCGUUAUAGUGCUAUGCGAUGACAAUAUCGACCGUCAACGCUUUAACGGUACACCGACCAUCAGCAGUUCUGAGCUUUUCCAUCGUUCGGCCGAAUUGAGUAACGCUAAUUUAAUGCCGGCCGAAAUGCUAGCCGACGGUACUAAUAAUUUGGCAAUUGUGCUUUACACAUCGGGCAGCACUGGCGUACCCAAGGGUGUGCGUCUACCACACGAGAUAAUCUUGAACCGUUUGCAAUGGCAAUGGCAUACAUUUCCCUAUGCGCCGACUGAGUCCGUGAGCGUUUUCAAGACCGCACUCACCUUUGUUGAUUCGGUGUCGGAAUUGUGGGGACCGCUGAUGUGUGGUCUUUCUAUUUUGGUUGUGCCAAAGUCGAUAACUAAAGAUCCGGAGCGUUUGGUGGAUUUGCUGGAGAAAUACAAAAUACGUCGUUUAGUUUUGGUGCCGACACUUUUACGUUCGAUUUUGAUGUUUUUGAAGUUGAAUGAUGGCAAUACUAAAUGUCAAAUGUUGCAGCGCGGUCGUCUACUGUAUAAUUUGAAGAUUUGGGUUUGUUCCGGUGAACCAUUACCAGUAACUUUGGCUGCGAGUUUCUUCGACUAUUUUUCCGAAGGCAUACAUACGCUUUACAAUUUUUAUGGAUCCACCGAAGUGAUGGGCGAUGUCACUUAUUUUGCUUGUGAAAGCAAAAAGCAAUUAAGCUACUUCGAUCAUGUGCCGAUUGGUAUUCCACUUUCAAACACUGUGAUAUAUUUACUUGACGGCGAUUUCCGACCAGUCAAACAAGGAGAAAUUGGUGAAAUUUUCGUUUCGGGUCUAAAUCUAGCCGAAGGUUAUGUAAACGGUAGAGAUCCAGAAAAGUUCGUGGAAAACCCCUUGGCUGUGGAAUUUAAAUACUCACGCCUCUAUCGCACCGGUGAUUACGGCUCUUUGCGUGACGGCAAUGUAAUGUACGAAGGACGCACUGACUCGCAAAUAAAAAUUCGUGGUCAUCGUGUUGAUCUUGCCGAAGUUGAGAAGAACGUUUCAGAAUUACCAUUCGUCGAUAAAGCGAUCGUAUUGUGCUAUCAUGCUGGCAAAAUUGAUCAGACAAUUCUGGCUUUCGUAAAAUUACGCGACGAUUCACCACUACUGAGCGAAAUGCAAAUUGAAGCGAAAUUGAGGGACAAACUUGCUGAGUAUAUGACACCACAAGUGGUUCUAAUCGACAAGGUGCCCUACCUUGUUAACGGUAAAGUAGAUCGGCAGGCACUACUAAAAACUUACGAGACGGCAAACAAUAACGAAGGUGACUCCAGCAUUGUACUGGACUACGACUAUACGCACGUGCCCGAAGAUGUCCAGCAUAUAGCCAGGGAUCUUUUUGAGACUGUGGGUGGUGUGAUUGGGCGCUCAACACGCACUACUCUAUCGCUGCGCAGCAACUUUUAUGAGUUGGGCGGAAACUCAUUGAAUUCCAUUUAUACAGUUACGUUGCUGCGUGAGAAGGGCUACAAUGUUGGCAUAUCCGAGUUUAUUGCGGCUAAAGAUUUGGGUGAAAUAUUGGAGAAAAUGGCACAUAACCGCAAUUCGAAUGCAAUGAUCGAGGACUGGUCGAAUGCUGCACCACAUCUCAACAUGAUCGCUGAACCGCUUAGCCAUGCGCAUAAGCAGGAUGUAGUUGAAAUCAUCGUCGACAGCUUCUAUGGUAAGGCGGAUCUAGAGCAAUGGCUAAAACCUGACAUUUUUCCAAACGAUUACAGUGAUCUAAUCAAUGAUAUAUGGGACGCAUUGGUGGAAAAGAACCUAAGUUUGGUGGUGCGUGAUAAGCGCACGGAUCGUAUCAUUGGUACUGCGUUAAAUUUUGACGCACGCGCUGAGCCAGAAGUUGAGGUUAAAUCGAAAUUGAUUAUUGUUUUCGAGUUUUUGGAAUUCGUUGAAGGUCCUAUACGAGACAAUCAACUGCCGAAAGGACUCAACCAAAUACUGCACUCAUUCAUGAUGGGCACCAGCUCCGAUUUAAAUCCACAAGAGAAUAUUGCCUGCAUGCAUUUCAUGGAAAAUGAGGUGCUUCGCGUUGCUAGAGAGAAGCACUUCGCUGGCAUCUUAACAACCAAUACGAGUCCCUUAACGCAGCAAUUGGGCAACGAUGUCUAUCAGUAUAAAACAUUGCUGGACUACCAGGUCAAUCAAUAUGUUUACAACGAUGGUACAAUACCCUUUGGCAAAGCGCCCGAUUCGCAACGUGCCAUUGUCCAUUGGCGCGAGGUGACCGACUGAGGUGUGGCGUAGCGCAUCAUCGUCACCAUAUUAAUACAUUUUGUUAGUGAUUUCGCAAAUUUUCCAUAAUUUCUUGAUUUGAAUCAUCAGUAUUUAAGCUGCGACGUUCUAUCAUACGACUAAUUGCGUUAAAACCGAGCUUCGUGUAGCUGUUAAUUUCGAGUAUUGGUAGCUCUGUAACGCACACUGGAAGUCACCUUUUGCUCUCUCACCUCAUUCGUUGAUAUGGAAAUCGAGUUUAGCAAUUAAGCAAUUGAAUAUCAGUGCGCGUUUUCAUAAUUUUACAUAGUAUUAUUUUAUUUGUUACAUAAAUAUUUUCUUUUAUACACACAUACCAUUAUUAUAGUUGGCAACUCUCAAGGAGUAGAGUUUUCAUUUUGCAUGUACCUGUUGAAUAAAAAACAAAUCAUCCAUAUUUAUGUAUUUAAGGCUAUUAUAUAAUUAUCUAAAUUAAAAACAAAAGUU